AUGUUGAAAUGCUUCAUGGAGGCCGUGGCCGCCGAGAAGGAUGUGAAACCUAUAGUGAUUAGUCAAGCGGUCAACCUUCGGAGAAAGGCGUCGCCCCCAUUUCCAGAUGAUAGUUUUGGUAAUUUAGCGUGGCAAGCCGUGGGCUUGUGGAGCAAUCCUAUAGAAAAGGAGUUGACGGAGUUGGUGAGGGAGGUGAAAAAAGGGAUAGCAAAAAUAGAUGGUGAGUUUGUGAGACGAUUGGGGAGCGAUGGUGUGUAUGAAAUUUUGGAGGCAAUUAAGAAUGAGAUGCCUCAAGAAGCUACUUGGCUUGGUUUCAGCAGCUGGGAAAAUAUAGGUCUUUUCGAGGUUGAUUUUGGGUGGGGGGAACCUAUGUGGAUGUCAUGUUUCAUUCCGCAAUACUCUGAAUCUGAAACUAUGGUUGGGGUAAUAUUGUCACCUUAUUGGAUUCCAAUUGCGGAGGAAUAG